GUCCUGACUUAAUGAGCCCCUUUCUGCUGACAUUUCAUUCGUUCCUCCAUUAGUCCUCUCGUUUACACGUAGUCACACAGUAGCUCCGAACAUAAACACCUUCUAUUACAAUCAAACUAAUUGAACAGAUUGUUGAUCGAUAUUUGAGGUAUUGCGAGAUGGGUUCUGUGGAGGAGGAGAUGAAGGAAGAUUCUAAAGCUGUUGAAGAUAGCAACCUUGAAAUGGGUUCAGAAAAGAAGGAGAACAGAGCAGAAAUGCAGAAGAAAGGAAACAAGGAUAAAAGGAAGAAGAAGUUGAAACAGAGGCGAAAUUUUAUUCUGCGAAGAUUCAGUUGUAUCAGAAUGGACGAUGAAUAUCCGACGGUUGAUGAACCGACUGGCGAGGGAAGUUUUAAUAUGCAGGCUGUUACGGAUCGUACACCGACUCACUUAAUUGUUAUGGUUAACGGUAUUAUUGGAAGUGCACAGAAUUGGAGGUAUGUUGCAAAACAGUUUGUGAAGGCAUAUCCCAAGGAUGUUCUAGUGCAUUGCAGUGAGUCUAACUCAGCAAUGCUGACAUUUGAUGGGGUUGAUGUAAUGGGAAAGAGGCUGGCUGAUGAGGUGUUAUCUGUUGUUCAAAAGCAUCCAAACCUUCAGAAGAUAUCAUUUCUAGGUCAUUCGCUUGGUGGCCUGGUAACAAGGUAUGCUAUAGCUGUGCUUUAUGGAAAAGAUUUUACCAGAAAAUCCCACGAAGAAAAUGGAGAUUGUAAGCUUGACGAAUCCAAAGAAUCAUUAUCUGAAGACAAAUAUAAAGGCAAAAUUGCUGGACUGGACCCUGUGAAUUUUAUAACCUCUGCAACUCCUCACCUUGGUUCAAGGGGCCAUAAACAGGUCCCUUUGUUCUGUGGAUUGUACACCUUGGAGAAAGUAGCAUCACAUACAGCAUGGAUACUUGGAAGAACCGGAAAACAUUUAUUUCUGACUGACGGUCAUGAUGGGAAACCUCCACUUCUGUUUCAAAUGGUCAAUGAUUCUGAAGAUCUUCAAUUUAUAUCCGCAUUGCAAUCAUUUAAGCGACGCGUGGCCUAUGCAAAUGUACGACAUGACCAUCUUGUUGGGUGGAGUACAUCAUCUUUGCGACGCCGGAAUGAGCUUCCAAAGCGGCGCAAUCUGUUAAAAAAUGAUAAGUACCCACAUAUCGUGAACAUAGAGACUGCAAAAACAGCCAUUUCACAAGAAGAGACGGAUGUUCGAGUCGAGGGAUUUAGGAUUGCGGACAUGGAAGAGGUCAUGCUGAGAAGUUUAACAAAAUUGAGCUGGGAACGUGUUGACGUCAGUUUCAAAGGAAGUAAACAGAGAUAUUUUGCUCACAACACCAUUCAGGCAUGUAUUCAACCCCUAGCUCCACAACGAGUCAAUAAUGCCUUUGCUCGCUGCAGGAACUUCCAAAUCAUGUGUUUUUUGCUUGCUUAGGUCUUUUAUUCUGUCAUUUUUGUCUCAUUUACGUUAGACGCGUGAAAGUUACCAAUUUGAGUUUCUCCAUUGAACAGCCAAAUAAAUGAACAUCCAAGCACUAGAAUUCCAGUUUACACAAAUCUCUUCCAUUGCUCUGAGUCCGUAGUUAGAUGCUUACUGCCUUACUGAUAACACUUGACAAUGGCAUCAUCUAUCUUCUUGUUUAUGAUGUUAGAGGUGUUAACCAUCUAGGAUGACGCUGAAUGCUGCUACGGUGCAAUCAACUAAUAUAAUUAUUUUCUGCCACUGCUGCAAGUUCUGUGGUUCAAGAAACUAUUCUUGUUUUCCUACUUGUUCGGGUAAUAUAUUGGCGCACCAAUUCUGAUGGUGCCGAUGUUAUACAAGACCUGGUUUACAGUUUCUUUAUGUUGUAGAAUUUGCCGAUUCAAGUACUCUGUCUUACUCUUCAUCUCCAUAUAAUAACUUGAAAGACUUACGGUUACCUUU